CCCAUCUUUACAAGAAAGGACACUCGCCAAGCAUUCCAAUGGAGAAUACGUAAUCUUCCAUAUCCUAUUGAGACAUACAGCUUGUCAGUCGACCAAGACACCAGAUGCUGCAUUAUCAGGACAUCAAACAAAAAGUACUACAAGAAAUUCUCCAUACCAGACAUGGAUAGAGCUGGUCUUCCUCUUCAGCAAUCAGACUUCAGUAUGGCUCAUAGUAAUAACACCCUCAUUAUCAAUUACAAGAAGCCAGCCGAGAUUCUAGCGUUAGAGAAACAAGUUAUUGCAGAGAUACAGAAGACGAGGGAAAGCAAGGAAGGAGACAUGGAGUGUGCACCAAGCUAACGUUCUCCCAUUCACUCAGUGUGACGGUCAGCUCUGGACAUUCAGUAAUGGAUGUAAACUUAGUUAAUUUGGUUUGUUUGUUUGUUUUUUUCCAACUGCUAAGAAAGUGUGUGCGAGGAACUAGGGGACCGGUGGCCUUAAGUCCUCUCUGAGGGACUUGGUUAUGAAGGUUAUACCAAAGGGCACAAGCGCAUCAACUUGGUUUCAAAAUCGGGAGCUCCUAGUUAUGAGACUACUGCUUUACCACUAAGCCAUCACUCCUCCUCUAUUAAAACUAAGUGUGCCUUAAGCUGACAUGGUAUAUUUUAGUGAUAUGUAACUCUCCAACUGUCAUGAAUUCUGAGAACUAUGGGAUUUAACAAUGAGUCCUUGUAGGAAAGAAUAGUUUGAGACAGCUUGUUAUAGGAUGUGAGCCUCUUUUGAGAUGCUCAAGAUCAGUGAAGAAAAAAAGUACAUGUACAUGUAAUUCUUGACAAAGUGUGCAUACAGCAAAUAUAACAAGUACUGUCCUUAUGCCCUUUCAACAAAUUAAUCUAUAUAACUCUCCAGUCAUUGCAGAGUCUUGAAUAAACUGCUCUUGAUCAACUACUCUCUGUACUUAUCCGCUCCGAGCUGAGUCUGAUCUGGAAUUGAUUCCAACGUUGAGUAUAAUAGAAAAUCCUCCAAUUUCGAUGUUAUGCUCUUUUUUCCAGAGGUUUCUGCUAACCAGUGUAUUAUUGAAUUAGAUAUGAAUUGAAUGAGUAUGUGUGUGAUUUACUUUUUUUCUGAAGCCCUUGUGACUUGUUUAUGUGCUCCACUUUUCAUUCAUAAGGCUCAAUAUCAAAAUAUGUCUUUAUAUUCAAGAUGAUGAUUGUAUCAAUUUGAUACACCUAGGAGAAGUGUCAAAAGCUAUUUGUAAACAAAUGUACUUUUCAGCAGAUUUGGGGGAGGGGGUUAACCCCCUACCUACCCCCCUCCCUCCUCCCCCCCCCCCCCCCAAAAAAAAAACCCCUCUAGAACUGCUACUGCUCCACGACUUCUUUUACAUAGAGAUUUAAGCAGUUGUGCUUUAGUUACUCUACCAGAAAGUUUAUAAAAUACUGACCAACGUAAAUUGGGAACUUUGUGUAGUAUUUAUCGAAAGCUCAGAGUGUCGUGAUUAUGAAUACAUCAUGUAUUGCAUUUUAUUCACCGAUGUUGUACAUAUUUUGUUGAUUUGUAAAAUAAAAUGUUUCCCUAUUCACAAUGAAAUUUGCACCUUUCUUUUUCAAAGUUCUAUGCGUAUACAGUGGAACCUGCUUACAAUGACGUCCUUGGGACCAUGGAAAUUACUUUGUUAUAUCAUGGUAAAAAAUAUUUUAAAAAAUAAUAAUGAUACCUUGUUAUAACAGAUACCUCUUGUCAGUGGCGGCGUAGGAUUUUUUCAAGGGGAAUGUUUUAAAAUUGGAUUGCAUCAUUAAUGCGAUUUUUUUUCUUCUCCCCAAUCCGUGAGAAAAUAUUUGGCAGCAAAUCAGCCAGCCGGUGAACAAAGGGGGCAGGGGGGUAAUUACCAUUAAAUUUUGUCUGCGUACGCGCCUGCCUCUUGAUUCAGAGCUCUUUAUAAUGAGUUUCCACUGACUGUAUAUACAGAUGAUUGAUGUGUUCUUCAUCCUUUCUGGAUUACUUUGUGUGAACUCCCAAAAACCUGAUAGCCCGAAUUCACAAAGGAGGUUUGUCGACAAAUCUCCUUUUGUUAUUUACAAACCAGGUUUGUAAAAAACGUGUCAAAACGCUUCAUAUGACGUACAUAAACCUCGGUUUGUCGACAAACCUCCUUUGUGAAUUUGGGCCAUAGAGUUCUCUCAAAACGACUAACUAAAGCAGAGAUGGAUCCAAUAUUUUAUGAUAAUGGAGGGGCUAAUGUACAUUUAAAAUUCUCUGACCAGCAAAUACAAAUUCUUUAACCCCCCCCCCCCCCUCAGGGUCCCCUGGUGUGCAUACGUGUGUUGUGCUUUCAGAGAAUGCGAUUUUUCAACAGGUUUUUAUCAGUUUGUUGUUGUUUUGUUGAGGGGUGGUUCUUUUUUUGUUUGCUGUUGUUAUUGUUUUGUUUUCUUUUGUUUACCUAUUAAUUUUCUGGCUCAGAGAACUUAUCUACAACAUAACAUUCAAAAUUACUGAGACCCCUAUCUCGAAAUGCAUAUGAAUUUCUAAAAUCGAGAUUAGCUUUAUCAAAAUCUGUAUUUAAACGGUCUUUAAAUUGUCAACAUGUCUUCAUGAUUCCCGCUAUUUUCAAUGCUACAUACAUUUACAGCGUCUUGCCACUUUAAAAAAAAUCCCUCAAAAACUUGAAAGCUCUUCACUCGGUAAUAUAACGUAAUUCACGAGUCGACAAAUCGUGUUACUCUUCAAAUUCUGUGUAACUCUACGGUACUCUUUGUUUUCAGCAACUUUAAAUACUCCAUAAUAAAUGUAUUACUCAUAUUAUUCACACUUCUGGUUAGUUUACACCACACGAAUAAUAAACCGCAAUAACGUUUAUUUAUUAAUCUGUCAUCAAAGUUUGUUUUUAUUCAAUGUGAAUAAUACAUUUUUCAUUAAAAAACAAAUUUACUUUAUAAUUCAUAAUCAUAUCACUCAAUGUAUGUAUUAGAAUUUUGUUUGGAUAAAUGCAAAGUUUUAAGAAAAAAAGAGAGAAAAUAAAUGAUGGGCACUGUAGUGCUAUCCAUCUAAAUAAUUUUGA